AUGUCCGUUACUGGCAGUUUACCCGUCGAUCAGAAUGCUCAUGCCCUGCCUUCUCUACCAGCUCUUGAGCCACCGCCAUUUCAACAAUCUUCUUAUAUCACCAACUUAAUUGACGAGUUGGCUCCACUGCCUGACCACCUUAGACAAGCUCAGGUGGACAGGCUGGGGGUUUCUCCUCGUCGUCAACAGCCUCAGCAAUCCCAAACGCUCAUCCGUUCUCCGACAGCUUCAUCCAUUUGCCUAGGCUGUGGUGGCGCGCAUCCCCGGUCUACCUGCCCUUUCAAGGCAGCGGUAUGCUGCCGUUGCGGAAAGAAAGGACACCUGGCCCAGGUCUGUCGAGCCUCCCUACCUGCUCCUGCUACCUCCUACGGACCACCUCCACCUCCUAAGAACCCUCAAGGCCGCAAACCACUUCAACACCAAGACGACUGCUACAACCUUUCUGAGGCCAUCACUUCUCUUCCUGAAAUAGCUGUCAACCUGGCUUCAGAGGGUACAGAAAAAAUCAACAUAACUUUAUCUAUUGAGGGGAGACCAUGCCAAAUGGAGGUCGAUUCCGGCUCAUCCAAAUCUCUCCUGUCUUGGGACAAUUUUUCUAAGCUCUGCCCUAACGUCAAACGGUCCCAACUGUCACCCCCCGACACCAUUUUAAAAGAUUCUCAAGGUUCUCAAAUCCCCACUCUGGGUUCUUACACUCUACGGGUUUCCUAUGGCACUCACUCUGCUGUCUUGCCAGCCCUAAUAGUGCUAAAGCCUUUACCCUCCAUUUUAGGGUUAGAUUGGUUCUCUCCCUUAGGUCUAUCCCUUAACGGAAUCCAUUCCAUAGCGGACACGCCCCCUUCUGAUGUAGCAGUAGUCCUAACGGACUACGCUGACAUCUUUGAUGGACAGCUAGGUCACUAUAAGGGCAGCCCCAUUUCCCUUAACUUGGAUCCCCAGGUUGCUCCAAUCAGGCUGAAGGCCCGCAGGGUGCCUUUUGCCUUGAGGCCAAAGGUGGACGCCGAGCUUGAUAAGCUUGUGGCGCAGGGCGUACUGGAGCCCGUUGACCAUUCACAUUGGGAAACCCCCAUAGUGAUUCCAGUGAAGGCCAACGGCUCCAUUCGGAUCUGCGCCGACUACAAGUCAACGAUCAACCUUGGCCUCCAGGCAAACCCCUAUCCAGUCCCUGUAGUGAAGCACCUGCUCCACUCAUUGGGGCAGGCGGUGGCUGCCCAAACCAUCGUCACCCACCGGGGGGCUUUCCGUUGUCGCCGCCUCCAAUUUGGCGUAUCCAUUGCCCCAGGGAUCUUCCAGAGCCUCAUGGAGCGCUUGUUCCAUGGGCUCCCUGGUGUGGUCCCAUACUUUGAUGACGUCCUGAUCGCUGCAAACAGCCGCUCAGACCUCAUCAAAGUUCUGCGGAAUCACAAGCCACUCCUUGGGCUUCUGGCCGGUGAUAGGCCGACCCCUCCUAUCCUUUCCCCAAGGAUGACCCGAUGGACGGAGUUCUUAGCAGCGUACUCCUAUGCCCUUUGCUACCGUCCAGGCAAGCAACUAGGGCAUGCAGAUGCCCUUAGUCGCUACCCCCUACCUGGCAAGGACAUCCAAUCAGUCCCUUGCCGUUCUGUCCUUGCUAUCGCUCAAUUGGAAUUACCCCUGUCUUCAACCGAUGUGGCCACGCACUCUUGGUCUGACCCAGUCAUAUCACAGAUAAUGAAUUGGGUCCUGAGAGGAUGGCCUACUGCUGCCGCACCUCCAGAGUACAGGCCCUUCAAGGCCCGCCAACUAGAACUAUCACUUCAUUCUGGUUGCCUACUUUGGGGCGACCGCGUGGUCAUCCCAUUGGUCCUCCGGCAACAAAUAUUACAGCGGCUGCACGAGAAUCAUCCGGGAGUAGUACGCAUGAAGGCUCUAGCCAGGAGUUACGUUUGGUGGCCAGGCUUAGAUUCAGAAAUCGAGGCCUGGGUCGCCAAAUGUGUAACCUGUCAGCAGUCCCAGCCAUCUCCCCCCUCCUCUCCCUCCCGGGAGUGGGAGAUACCCCGUGGACCCUGGUCCCGGAUUCACAUUGAUUUUGCGGGCCCUUUCAAGGUUUUCUUGGUGGUUGUAGAUGCGUACUCUUGAUGGGUGGAAUUGUUGCUUAUGCACUCCACCACAGCCGAGAGUACUGUGCGAGCCUUGCAACGCUUCUUCACAACCCAUGGGUUGCCGGACACAGUAGUGUCUGACAACGGCCCGCAAUUCUCAUCUACAACCUUCCAAACAUUCCUCGCCGAGCAAGGGGUCCGCCACGCGCCGGUUGCCCCUUACCAUCCGGCCAGCAAUGGCCGGGCGGAGAGGGCGGUUCGAUCGGCCAAGGAGGCUUUGGGACGAUUGAGGCGCCUGCGGACCACCCUGGAUAGAUUGCAUCCCCUCUAUUCAGGGGUUCAGUCUGGCAACCUGGGGCCUCCAACACCCUCCCGCUCUUUCAUCCCUGGGGACUUUGUCUGGGCUCAGAACUAUGGAGGGGAUAAUAGAUGGGUGCCUGCCACCAUCAUCAAAGUAACAGGACCCGUCUCCUACAGUGCAAGAAUUCCCGACGGUUCCAUCUGGAGAAGGAACCUGGAUCAACUGAGGCGCCGACCCAACUCCGAUUCAACAACUCAAACUGACACGCAAGGCCGAUCUAACACAGUCCUAAUGUGCGACGCUUCCCGUUUUGCAUUGGAGCUGUCCUCAGCCAUCGCAUGCCCAAUGGAACUGAAGCACCCAUCGACUACUACUCAUGAACAUUGUCUGCUGCUGAGCGGAACUACAUCCAACUGGACCAAUAUCAUGCCAAGUACUACCACGGGUAGAAGCCCUUCCAAACUUCUAAUGGGUCAUUGGCUAAGGUCCCACUUAGACCGGCUACACCCAAACUAUUCUGCUACAUCGCCCCCAGAUUUGACCGGAAAAAUAAGAAACUUUAGCGUAGGGGAUCAAGUUUAUGCCCACAACUAUGCUGAGGAAACUCUUUGGAUUCCUACCACAGUAAUAGGCAUCAACGGGCCACACUCUUACCCAUUAGAGCUCAAGGACAGUCAAUAUUGGAGACAGCACAUUGACCAACUCCGUGGCUGCAUCUCCAACUUCAAUUUUAGGCAACUAGAGAUAACUCCUGCAUGA